CUUAGGAUCCAUAGGAGAGCUGGGGCUGGAGAAUGGGGUGUUCCCUGCUGUCCAGCUUCAGACCCACUCUUUGAGACCCUGGGUUGACAAGUUUUCAGAACUGAGAAGACACCCAGAUGUCCAGGUUUGAAGGUUUGUGGAUAUCUCUUAGUUGCGCUUCAUGGAGAAAUCUUCCCUGAUCAUCCCUCUGAAUCCCAGAACAGCCCCCAUCUUUCAGUGGAUGGAAUGAGAGGCUUUCUGUAACCCGGCCUAACUGGUCAUCAUGGGGAAAUUGAUCAGGAUGGGGACGCAGGAAAGGCCAUUACUUCGGCCAAAACGGCUUCAAUGGAGUCGCUUCCUCUUUCUCCUGGGAAUGUUGAUCAUUGGUUCCACCUACCAACACCUGAGGAGCCCCCGGGGCCUCCCCUCACUGUGGGCAGCAUUCUCUUCCCAACACCCUGUACAACUGGCCAGCCGGGACCUUCCCAACGAGAUGGUGACAGGGAGCAGUGACCCUCUAAAAGCUAGCUCUGAAAUGGAGGGUGAGACACUGACACCCCAAGCCACAAUGGGUAAGGAGGAAGUGACGCCUGACAUAACAAUGGAGAACACCCCCAGCACACCCAGAACAACCGCCAACACCUCUCCAACAAUACCCAAAAACAACUACAGCCCAACAGCAGCAGGCACAGAAAGAGUGAAGGGAAACACCCCAACUACACCAAGUAGAGUACUGAGUCAGUACGCCUCAAGAGCAAGCAGAUCAACAGCAAAGAAUUACACCCCAACAACACCCAGGGGAAAAGUGAAGCACUACCACCCAACUCAAGCCAGGGGAAAAGUGAGAAAAUACACCCCAUCUCCACAUGGUAGAGUAGUAAACACUGCCCUGUCUACAUUCAGGACAAUGGCAAGAAAACAUGGGGUCACCCCCAGAAUGACAGUGCAAGACAGUGAAACUGUGGCAACCUACAAAGCAUUGGAGACCAGCCCCUCCAAGGGAACAGUGGAGGAAACCCCCCCUACUACUCUGAAGGGAGUAACUGAUAACACCCCAACUUUCCUGAUAAAUGAUAUAGAAACAAACAUCUUGACUUCUCCUUGGAGUGUGGUGGAAAAGAGUACCCUGUCUACCCCCAGAAGAAUGGACAAUAACAGCUUGACCAACCCUCAGGGGUUAGUGGGAAAGGACAACCUGACGACUUCCCAGGGACCGGCCUUAGAGCCCACUGCAGCCAUCUUUGAGGGGCAGGUGACGAUUAGCACCACAACAGGAAGCAGCCCAGCAACAACCAAAGCCUCUACUACUGCUUGGACGGUUAGGAAUCUCUCGUCCAGAACCACCGCACCAACCAUGGGAAUAUCCUUAGCCACCUUCUGGGGGCUGGCGAAGAAACCUUCCACAGCACCGAGCACCUCAGCAGCCCCCAGUGCCAAGGCAGACCCGACUACCCAGGUUCGUCACUGUGUGGUUGUGGAGCCAGCUCCAGCUGUGCCCACACUCCCCACCCCCAGCCUGACAACGGGCCUGCCCGCAGAGACGGCCAGGCCCCGUCCCUCAGCGCUGCCCCCUAGCCAGCCGGACCACCACACCAAGGCAGAGUACCCCCCAGACCUGUUCAGCUUGGAGGAGCGGCGGCAGGGCUGGGUGGUCCUGCACAUCUUUGGCAUGAUGUAUGUGUUUGUGGCCUUGGCCAUCGUGUGUGACGAGUACUUUGUGCCGGCCCUGGGCGUCAUCACAGACAAGCUGCAGAUCUCUGAGGACGUGGCAGGUGCCACAUUCAUGGCUGCCGGAGGCUCUGCCCCCGAGCUCUUCACCUCCCUCAUUGGCGUCUUCAUCUCCCACAGCAAUGUGGGCAUUGGCACCAUUGUGGGUUCUGCUGUGUUCAACAUCCUCUUUGUCAUCGGCACCUGUGCCCUCUUCUCCCGGGAGAUCCUCAACCUCACCUGGUGGCCCUUAUUCCGUGAUGUCUCCUUCUACAUCCUUGACCUGAUGAUGCUCAUUCUCUUCUUCCUGGACAGCCUCAUUGUCUGGUGGGAGAGCCUGCUGCUAUUGCUGGCCUAUGCCUUCUAUGUGUUCACCAUGAAGUGGAAUAAGAAGCUCGAGCUCUGGAUGAAGGAGCAGCUCAGCAGGAGGCCAGUGGCCAAGGUCAUGGCCCUAGGGGACUUCAGCAAGCCAGGUGAUGGGGCGGUUGCGGAGGAUGAGCUACAGGAUAACAAGAAGCUGAAGCUCACCUCCGUGCUGACCCGAGGGAGCAGCUCAGCCUCUCUGCACAACAGCACCAUCCGCAGCACCAUCUACUGGCUCAUGCUCCACAGCCUGGACCUGGGGGAAGCCCACUCCUCCAAGAACAAGAACGAGGAGAGCUUGAAUCAGGAGGCCAAGGCCGAGCCUCAGGCCAGAGCAGAGAGCAAACUGGAAGAGGAGGAGCCAGCCAAGCCCCCUACAGUCACGGUCACACCUGCCCCUGCUCCAGAUGUCCAGGAUGACCAGGAGGCGGAUCCUGGCAGUCAGGACGGAGCUGUGGCUGGAGCUGAGGGCACAGGCGAAACGGCCGGCGGAGACGGCCAAAGUGGGCAGCAGAGCGGAGACGAACCUCAGCUGGAAGGUGAAUGUGAAGUUGAAGCAGAAGGAAAAGGAGAUAAUGAAGGUGAAGGUGAACUCCAGACAGAAGGAGAUGAUGGCGAGGUGAGAAACGAAGAAACCGAGGAGCAGGAAGCCAAUGCUGAACGUCAAGGCGAAGCCAAAAGUGAUGAGAAAGGUGCAGGUGGUGAAGGGGGUGGUGGCGGAGGCGAUGGCGAAGAUGAGGUCCCAGCAGAAUCAAGAGGAAAUGGUGAAGGUGAAGGCGAACUCCCAGCAGAAGGAGAAGAUGGCAAAGUGAAAGGUGACGAAGGUGGAACCGAAGAGCAGGAAGUCGAUGCCGAAUGUCAAGGUGAAGCCAAAAGUGAUGAGAAAGGUGCAGAUGGUGAAGGAGGAGGUGAGGGAGGUGACAGUGAAGAUGAGGAAGACGAGGAGGAUGAGGACGAGGAUGAGGACGAGGAAGACGAGGAAGAGGAAGAAAACGAGGAGCCUCUGUCCCUGGAGUGGCCCGAGACCCGGCAGAAGCAGGCCAUUUACCUCUUCCUCCUGCCCAUUGUGUUCCCGCUGUGGCUGACGGUGCCCGACGUCCGGAGGCUGGAAUCUAGGAAGUUUUUUGUUAUCACCUUCCUGGGAUCCAUCAUAUGGAUAGCCACGUUCUCAUACCUCAUGGUGUGGUGGGCUCACCAGCCUGCCUGUUCCCUGGUUGCUUUUCUCUCUUCUCAACGGACUGCAGCCUGUCCCGGUCAGCAGCAACGGCUUGUUCUGUGCGAUCGUCUUGCUCUUUCUCAUGCUCCUGUUCGUGAUCUCUUCAAUCGCUUCGUGCAAAUGGAGAAUGAACAAGAUCCUGGGCUUCACGAUGUUCCUCCUCUACUUUGUAUUCCUGGUCAUCAGUGUGAUGUUAGAAGAUCGAAUCAUAUCCUGUCCUGUGUCUAUCUGAGUCAGUCACUGUUGCUCAAAAUGGACAUGGGCCACGGAACCAUGCCAGAAAUCACCGUACCUCUCGUUACAUUCGUGAAAGAACGAACGUGACGUGGGAGGAUGAACUGGGAGGCUGAGAGCCCCCCGUGUGAACGUGAUCCAGGCGUGCAGUUCCUUGUGCAUUAACAGUCUCCCUUCCGGAGGGGUGGAGCUCCUACCCCCUACCGAAACAGACACCAGAAUGACCCCUGGAGUCAGAGGGUUUUCUACACGAGAGAAUUGGGGUGAGGGUGGGGGCAGGUAGAACAGGACAAGCUCCCAUGCUCAGUUCCCUGAUCACUCAAGGGCUGCUGAUCCAGACAGAAGGUGCAGGCGUACCUGGCCCUCCUGGCUCCUGCCCCAAGCACAUGCUGCGAUGUGCGGUUUCCUCUUUUUCUGUUCAAAAACGUGGGGUUCUGCCAGGUUUGUAAUCAUUCCUAGUCUAGUUAUGGGUGAGUUUGAAGAGCUAAGGCUAUAGGGAAAAAAUGAAGUAUAGCAGGAAUCAAUUAUCAUUGGUAAAACAUGUACCAGUAUUUUAUAGCUUAAAAGGACUACAUUAGCUCUUAUUGCAUUUCUGAAAAGUGAAAUUAAAAUAAGUAACCCAAGAAAUUAAAAUGGGUAAUUUGCCCUUGAAUUGGGAGAAUGGCUAUUCGGGAAGGAAAACUACUCUAAGGGCUAUUUAAAAAUAUAUCCUUAUUAGAAAAUCCAAGUUAGCACUGUCUCCAGCAAGUGGUCGCCUUGAGGGAUUAGACAUUUAACACAGCUGUACUGGCUGUGUCCCUCCAGCACACUCUCACCAGCAGUAACAGCUAUUUCUAGUGAGUGAGAAGGUAAAGAGUUCAAAGUCAGUAGAGGCAAGUCUGGUUUAUAAAAUAAGAGCUCCACCCUGGCCAGUGUGGCUCAGUGGAUUGAGUGCUGGUCUGUGAACCA